GUUCACCAACAAUGUCCACGUAGUCGUAAAAAGCUUGUCCUUCUGAGCGUGCGGAAUAUUGAAUUUUGAUACGUCAAAAGUAAGUACGUGUCAAAACCUGGUUCGACGAAGCGUGCUGGUAUUAAACUCUUGAUUGUUUCUUGACACAUCACUUGUGCUCAAUCGCUAAACUCUUGUCAUUUGAAAAUUUAUAAUUGAGCUACAACCCCCCAGCUUGUUAUUCUUCAACUAAACAGAGACCUGCCCAACUUGGGAUUUUCUACAAAACAGAUAAAAGUUUGUAUUAAUCACUCUUCACGUGUUACUGUGUGUGUAUAAUUACUUCAUCUCCCCUGAUGCGAGCAAAUUAAAUAAAGGUAUUUAUGUUUAUGAAUUUGUGAUCGUAGAAUAAUGUAUCUUGGAGGUGAGAUGCAGAAAGCUAAAGCCAUCACAUUAUACCAAAUUGCUCAGAUUGGACAUCUGGGACUUCUUUUGCUCUGGCAUUUAGUCCAUUUAAUCGUCAAUAUAUGGUACUUUGCAUUAGGGUUAGGUCAAACACUUGAAAGCUAUCUUAUAUCCAGCGGGUUAUUAAAGAGGUAUAAUUCCCUUGAUUCAAACAGAGUCCGGUACCUGGCAAUUGUUGUGGACAGUGAAGAAGCAUGUCAAACUUCUAAAGUUCUUGAACUUCUACAGCAUCUUGAAAAUAUUGGUAUUAAGCAUGUCUGCCUAUAUGACCCUGAAGGUUUGCUAAAGAAAUCGAAGGAAGCCAUCUUCGAGAAAUUAACCCGUGUGAAGUUAUAUGAGGAAGCCACUAAAUCUGAUUCCCUGGUCAGGAAACAUAUUACAUUAGAAUUGGCUUCGUUUUCUGAUGGAAAGAAAGCAGUUGCCGAAGCUGCUAACUACCUUUAUAAGAAAAAUUAUAUUGGUGGAGAGCAAAAAGAGUUUAUUUGUUCUGAAUCUAGCAUCGAUGAGGCACUAAAAGCAAUUGGUUGUGCACAUGCAGAUCCAGAUCUUCUAUUAGUUUAUGGGCCUGCAAGAUGUCACCUCGGUUUCCCAGCAUGGAGACUUCGAUAUACUGAGAUCGUACAUAUGGGACCCUUAAAGUCCAUGAAGCUUGGUUCCUUGAUAAAAGCCAUUUACAACUUCACCAAGGUGCAUCAAAAUUAUGGUACAUGAACCAAUAUAUCAGGAGGAGAAUUAUCGUACUUCUACAAAAAAACAGUCUGAUUUACUAGAAGAGAACUCUCGACACAAAUUGAUAUUCAGACAGUUGACUUGUGGUAUAUUUGAUAUACGAGUUUUUUGGACCAGUACUAGAAAUUAGAAAUACUCCACCAUUGUCGUAGGUGCUUUGCGUUUUAGUCAGAAUCGGACAUCUUCAGUUUAGUGUUUGAUUCUGUUUGUUAUUUCUGGCUUUAUAAAGAUAACUGGAACUAUAAGCAAUUUAUACAAUCACAUCAAUUACAUCUACAGCUAGAAGAUUAUUCUUUCUUCCUGCCAUUUCACGUUAUAACUUGCUCAUUAUUGUUGUCCUAUAACUGCAGCUGGAUUAUCAUGUGAAAAAGUUCAUAAUCUAAAAUAAAAGCCAAAAUAUCAUCCUGAGUACUUACCACUAUAGCAGAUAUGGCUAUGAGAUCAUAGUCUUAUCUUCACACCAGUUGGGCAUUCCUCCGGUUCAAAGAUGAACACCUUUUCAACAUUUUGAUUAUUAUCCAGGCAACAGAUCUGUCUUUGAACUAGUGGGAUGAUCCUGAUUUAUUAUAUCUAUUCGGGAGAAUGAAGGCAAUACUCACUACAACCUGGAUAACAGCCUCGCGAUGUUCCGUCUGGCCAAACAUUUGAAACUUGAUCUGCCUUCCCUUAUCACCCUUGAGAAGAAUGUCUUUGUGCCAGGUAGAACCAUACGGGACACUUCAUAAAAUUAUUUUAUUUUAAAGCCUUUCAUCAUCGUUGCAGGCCGAAAACUGGUCCUUGUUUCAACAACUUUUGCAAAGGUAUCACUCUAUUUUUUUUGCUGAAAAAAAGUCACUUUGUUCAUAGUAUGCCUAUACAUUUGGUCUUGGUAAUUUGAUAUCAUUAGCAAAAGACUAUGCCAUACUCUUAUUCAGUCUUUUACUGUCAUUACCAAAAGAGUAAGUUUUUUUUUUCAGGUUUCAACAGUAGCCGAGAUUAGAGAUAGAUUUAAAACUAUUGGUGCUUGUUCUCAUCCUUCCAGUUGCUUGUUCAGCCAAACAGAUAGUGUCCUAAUGCCGGGACAGUGAUUGAACAAACAAACAAACCCAAGCACGUUUUCUUUUCAUGAAAUAUGUUACAGAUGCUAAUCUUGGCAAACAAAACAACAUUCUUAAUACUUGCAAUAAAAACAGAUAAUACAAAGGAAAAUCCUCUUAUUUAAGAUAAUGCUGUGAGGAUGAUGGAUCAUAUGAUGCUCGAGGCUCAUAUGUUUACUCUGCGACCCCAAACUAUUCCUGAUAUAUUGAAAUAUUGGGUCUUGGCUUCAAAUCAUCAUCAUAUGACUUAUCUUCUUUAAGCGCUUCAUUAUCAUUAUAGGCUGAGAUAUUAGGUCGUGGUUCAAUAUCUUUUGUGAAAGCGUCCGUUUUUUUAAGCUUUUCAUCAUCAUGGUAGGAUGAGAUAUUCGGCCUUGGUUCAAUAUCUCUGAUAAAUGAUUCAUUUUCUGUGAGCUUCUUGUCACCCUGGUAGGCUGAAAUGUUAGGCCUUGGUUCAAUAUCUUUUGAAAAAGAAUCAUUUUUUUUGAGCUUCUCGUCGUCAUGGUAGGAUGAAAUAUUCGGCCUUGCUUCGAUGUCUUUGUCAAAAGACUCGGUGUCUCUGAGCUUUUCGUCAUCAUGAUAGCUUGAAAUAUUAGGCCUUGGUUCAAUAUCUUUCGAAAAUGAAUCACUUUUCUUAAGCUUCUCAUCGUCAUGGUAGGAUGAAAUAUUCGGCCUUGGUUCAAUGUCUUUGUCAAAAGACUCAUUCUCCGUGAGCUUUUCGCCAUCA